AUGAGUCCUAUCGACCUUGGAUCCCUUGUCCUCGUGACCGGUGGGAAUGGGUUCAUCGCAGCCCAUUGCAUCGCUGGUCUGCUGCGCUCCAAUUAUCGCGUUCGCGCAACCGUGCGCUCUAUUGAGAAAGCAAAGGCUACACGUGAAGCUCUGGAGACUGCUGGCAUCGAAAAUCUCUCCGAUCUGGAAUUAGUAAUUGUGUCAGACCCGACCGACGUCCAGGCUUUGAGCGGGUCGCUCCAGGAUUGUCAGGCUGUCCUGCAUCUAGCAUCAGCAUUCAACUAUGAUGCUAAACCGGGAGAAUUUGAAGAAAAGCUCAUGAUGCCUGCUUUGAAUGGGACUAAGGCUGUUUGUGAGGCUGCCAACCGUCAUCACUCAGUUCGCCGAGUCAUCAUAAUGUCCAGCUUUGCCAGCGUCUACGACGCUAGCCUCGGCCCCCAGCCUGGUCGCGUUUAUACCGAGAAUGACUGGGCCCCAUUGACUUACGAAGAUGGCGUGAAGGCCUUGGCUGUGCCUAUCGCAUAUAGAGCGUCCAAAGUCGUAGCCGAGAGGGCGGCAUGGGAAUAUGUUCGCAACAAGGUCCACUUUCAGUUGAUAACCCUUUGUCCCGGAAUGGUCUUCGGCCGAAUGAUUCACCCCAUUAAAUCUCUAUCUCAGCUCAAUGCAAGCAACCAAAUUGUGUGGCAAGUUCUGAGUGCAGGAAAAGACGGCGAAAUGCCUCCUACAAAAGCCCCGGUUUGGAUUGAUGUUGAGGACCUGGCAAAUACAAGCAUAAAGGCACUUACGUUCCCAGGCACAGCACACGAGCGCUUUUUAGUGACCCAGGCAUCCUAUGAUACUCAGGAAAUCGCAGAUAUUAUUCGUUCCCACUUGCCAGAGAAACAUCGCUGCCCUCUGGGAGCUCCAGGGAAUCGCAUUGCAGAAACCCAUUACUCUUGCGACUCAUCCAAGGCACAGAAUAUGCUAGGAGUCAAAUUUCGGGGUUUGGAGGAAUCAAUUGUGCCGCUAGCACAUCAGCUAUACGAAAUGGAGAGAAACUAA